CGUCAGCGAAUACGCAACUUAGUCGAAACGGCGGGCAGCAGAGGUAUUGUCGUCGGUGCCGGCUCAAAGCAUUCUUAUACCGGCUGCACUCAACGUUCUGUCUAUGCAGUUCUGUUUUUCUGGCAAUUCUGGCUCAUUAAAAGGGGAUAAAAUAAGUGCACAGUGCAACAGUGUGGCAAAAAAAGCCCUCGGGGUGGGUUUUACAGCACGGAAGGACUCGUUCCCAUGCGUCAGUGUUGUGUUGUUCCUCAGAGGGACCUCACCCAUCAUCGUUACAUCCUGUGGAUAGAAUUGUUGCAGUGUUCUGCGUAUCGGUUUUGCGAAGCGUAAAACGAAUUAAAGCUGCUCUUGCGUGUUUAUUUCUUCGGUUUAUUUGUACGUGUAUGACCGUUUUGGCAGUGUGCCAUACAGCGAAAUGGAAUAGCAAACAAAACCGUGAGUAACAAUCGGUUGAAUGAAACAACAACAGGCGCGAGAAGCUGAAGUUGAGCAUUUUAUACGAGUUUAACUAGCAACAUGAAUGGUAUAUAGUUUUUCUACAAAUAUGCCAUACAUCACAUAUGUGUAUGUUCAACGAGUGUAUGAAACGCGUUUGGAAAGAAUACUUCGUUGAACGAAGUUCACCAGUGGGUUUACAGUUUCGAGCGCACAAAACGGACGAGCCCCGUACUACGCUGCAUUAUGUACCAGUGUCGCAAAUUUACACGAAGAAAUCUGCUCUUGCUGCUAUCGAUCGGUGUAGUAUAUCUGCUACUCGAUCACUACUUCAAUGGCGAGGACUUUGGAGAUAACAGGGAAAAACUUGUGCUGAUCGAAGAAUCAAUUAAAUCGCUUGCCAACCAGGGUGCAUGCAAGAUGCCAAGUUUACCGGUGGAUUCGCCGGAAAUGUUGAGCUUUCUCAAAGAUGAACCACCCAUCGAUUGUGGAAGCGAACUCCAAGACUGGGUAGAAUGUGAGAAAGCAGUUUGUAAUAUAAAGCCUGAAGUUAUCAAGGAAAAGGGUAAGAUUACCUGCGACUAUGCAGACAUCCUUCGGCAAAGUGACUCUAAAGUGUCCUUUGGAGAAACGAUCAGCACAUCGGGCAGCUACACACUGCAGGGCAGUGACUUUGUGCGCGCCAAGUGUUGGACGGACAGUCGUACGGAACGGUGGCAGGGCUUGCUGGUUGGUAUCCGGCAAGAUGAUCAGUUACGAACACGGUCCAGCUGGAACAAGGAAUCCGCGCUUAACGUGCUGAUGCUCGGGUUCGAUUCGCUCAGCCGCAACGCGUUCCAGCGCAAGCUACCGAAGGCGUUCAAAUACCUCACCAGUUAUCUUGGGGCGGACGUACUGCAGGGGUACAACAUCGUUGGCGAUGGGACACCGCAGGCACUGAUUCCGCUGCUGACCGGGUUUACCGAACUGGAACUGCCUGACACACGGCGGCGUAUGAAGAACACCGAAUACGUGAACGUCUAUCCGCUGAUCUGGAAGGAGUACGAGAAAUAUGGGUACGUGACCGCGUUCAAUGAAGACGUACCGAACAUCGGUACAUUUUCCUAUCGGUUGAACGGGUUUGACGAGCAGCCGACAGAUCACUACAUGCGAACAUACUAUUUAGCGAUUGAGGCGUACCUUAGCUACUACAAGCGGCUGUGCGUUGGGGCGAAACCGCGCCAUAAGGUGAUGCUGGACUAUACGCGCGACUUCAUGACGAACUAUCGGCCCAGCACGCCCCGGUUCGUGUUCAGCUUUCAUGGCGAGUUGUCGCAUGAUUCGAUCAAUUUGGUCGGUGUAGCGGAUACCGAUCUCACCAACUGGUUAGUGGAGCUGAAGAAGUCCGGAAUUUUGAAUAAUACGAUUUUGGUGCUGAUGUCCGACCACGGGAACCGUUUUGCCGAGGUGCGCAACACAUUGCAGGGCAAGCAGGAGGAACGGUUGCCGUUCUUUAGUUUCACCUUUCCCGACUGGUUCAAGGUGCAUUACAAAGAGCAGUACGACAACUUUCGUCAGAAUCUCGAUCGACUCGUAACACCAUUUGAUGUGCACGAAACGCUACAAGAUAUCUUAACACUUCAAACGCUCAAGGCCAAACAGAAGCCUGCCAUAUCACGUGCCAUCUCGCUGUUCGAUGUUAUACCUCAGAAUCGGUCGUGCGCUGAUGCGUAUAUCGAGCCACACUGGUGUGCCUGUUUAAAUUGGCAGCCGAUUAACGAUACGACCUCGUCGGAGGAAGUGUUCCGAUCAGCAAAAACGAUCGUCGAUACGAUCAAUCAUCACACCGAGCGACAUCGAGGGAUCUGUGCAUUGCUCACGUUGGACGAAAUCCGUUGGGCGGCACGUUUGCAACCGCACGAAGGAUUGGUACGCUUCAAACAGAACCGCGACACGGACGGUUUUCUGGGCGAUUUUUCGUCGGACGCGAUACGCGUGCCUCACGACAUGUACCAGGUGAAGCUCGUUACAAAUCCGAGCAAAGCGAUCUACGAAGCAAGCGUGCUGCACGACCGGGUGAACAAUCGUUUCCGGGUGAAGUUGGGCGAUAUUUCGCGCAUCAACAAGUACGGCACACAGGCAAACUGCAUCUACGAGCGGGACCCGGAGAUGCGUAAAUUUUGCUACUGCAAGGAUGACCAUUGAAAUGCUAAAAACGCUUUCUCCCACUGUACAUUGCGGUGUUUUGUAGUUGUUGUGCUGUGUCCUUGUGAAUGUUUGCUACCCAGUCUUUUACUCCAAUUAUUACCCAGUGGUCGUAAGUGUAGGCUCUAUUUGGCGGUAGACUGUGCAGCUUACCUCCUAUUCGAAAGGACAAGUGUACUACCGUUGUCCUACUGACUGAUCAGCAGGGUCGAGUGCUGUUACUGACAACAUGGUCGCUCUCUACCCUCCAAAAACCUCAGCCGCCUUCUUACUCGCUACGCUUCAUUUUGGGUACACGGUGAAGGCUUCCUUUGUAAAUACAUUUUACCUAACACAUGUCCAGGGAAAAGAUAGUAUAGCAUUACUGCGGUAUUAAAUGCAAUUCACAUUAGUGUUUUUUGAUAUAUUUAAAUCUUAUUCGUGGAUCGAAUAAAUCGAUUCUCUGCAACAACCGGCGCCAGCGACCGUCGAUUUGCAGCUGUUAGAAUGUUUAGGAACCUCCUCACCAAGUACACGCUAACGUAACGGAACAAACGUUCGAAAGGUGGGAGAGCUGCAGUACGUGAUAGACGGACAAAUUGUUCAACAAACACACUAAUCCUCCUUUAUCGGUAUGUGUCCGUAUGCGGCAUCAUUUAUGCUUCAUGCAGCUUAAAGUAUAUAAGUGUGAAUCUCAUCCUUGUUGAUUAGACUAUGGUUUAAGGCAUGCACAAAGUGUUCGAAAGAAUGUAACAAAGUAUCAUUGUGAAUCUCUUUUUCUGCAAAACAAUUUGGGUUCUUUACUUAUUCUAGUAGAUCUGGUGUAAAAUUUUGAUAAAAUGGACUUGUGGUAGCGAUGUUCAGCAACUCAGUUAGGUUAAAAGUUUAGUUAGACGGAGAGCAAGUAACGUUUAUAAAUUUUUUGUUAAUGCGUUAAACGCGCUACCGCCUUUUGGUAUAAAAUUUUGCACUGAAAAAUGCUACGAAAAGUUAAACAUAUUGGUUUAGUUUCGCAUUCGGAUGAAGCUUGAUGAAGUAUUGACAUAGGUUUGUAUCCUGUUGUUCAUAUUUUGCUAUUAGCAAAAUGGAUUGAAAAAAGUGAAAUGAAAUAAAUGCAAAGCGUUCU